AUGUCGAGCUUGAGCUUCCCGGAUGAGCUGUUGGCAAGACCCAUGAUGGACCUACAUUGGCCAACAAGCACAAGCAGGUCUUGCUCUGGGGCUGGAAAAGUCACCUCACUGGCUUUUUCUGUUGGUGACCGCCGUGCCAGGGAACUAUCACUGAUCCUGAGAAUUGGCGGAUUUGUGGUGGUGGUGGUGAUGGUGGUGAUGCAUGCAAAUCUGUUUAGAAGUCGACUUGGAAUUUUUUUUUCGAAUACAUCUAAAGUUGCCUUCAUCCUCUGGUGGUUUGUCCGAUACAGGCACAGCAAAAACCAACGGAACCUUAACGCUAAGGCUUUGUUACCUUGCGGUGUUGCGCCGGGUUAUCACUGCCCUAAGCGAAGCUCUCAGGGCUUCGCUGAAUGUACCCUAUAUACUGACCUUUGGAGCCCGUUUUUCACGUCGAAUCCCACGAUGCCUAACUCAUGUUUUGCCAUCGUGUCGAUGGAAGCGUUUGGAGUGUUGAUCCUGUGGGACCUGUCGACACGGUUGGCUUGUCUUGGAAAUGAUGGCAUAUAUCAUCAAAUCCAGAACCAACAGUUCGAAAACCAUCCGUUCGCCACUCUUUGCAUCGCCCCCGAGGAAUUUCUCAACUUCGCAUCUUCUACCUCGAAGGAAGUGCUUGAAGGGAAAGACGAUGGCCAGAAUCAUUCUCGGCCAUGUACCUCUAAGUACGGAGUAUAUGCUCUAAAACAGGGGAAACUCCAGAGAGCUCAAUCUUUUCGGUCAUUAUUCUCGAGGUCGAAUGAUAGCUCAUGCUUGGCUUUCUCAGUGGACCUUAUUCAAGUGGACACCCAUGCGCUCUCCACCGGCUGGCUCGAGCCGCAUGGGAUCCGCUAUUUGGAGCUCCUAAUCCCUGCCCAGUAUGGCCGCCAAGUUUUCGAAGAGAGCCGACAGAUUCGAUUGGAGUUGGAUGAUGGUUGCGGCAAUCAUGAUCAGGCUAGCUGUCUACGAUGCAAUCGGGCAUUGGCCCGAUUGCAUGGUAUAGCUUCUUCUCGCCCAACCUAUUUUGAUAUCUCAACACCGGCAGCUCAAACAUCAACUGGCUCUUCAGUGUACAAGCCGAUGACUUGUUAG